AUGGUGUUGCUGCCCCUCCUGGCGGUGUUACCUGCGGGAAUGCGGAGCGCCUUCGCUGCGGGAUACUGUAGCAACAGCAGCAGCUCCUUUGGCCGCGUCGGUGCCGCCCUCCUCAAUGCCACGCGCAGUAUUAUCGUGCCGCAGCAGCUCAAGGCGUACGGUGGCACCUUCAGUCGCUCCAUCGGGGAACGCGCCGACCAUCUUGUCGGUAACGUUCUGCUGCAGAGCCUUUCCCCGUCCCGCACCGCCAAAUCUCCGCUACUCGCAACAAAUGUAAAGACAAAGACGGUGACAAACUUUGAGGAUAUGCUCCUCGCCCCGGAGCUGCGCGAGGCGCUGGCUCAGAGCCUGCACAUUACCACACCGUCCCCUAUCCAACAGACGGCUAUUGAGGUGAUUUUGCAGCGGAAAGACACCGUGGUGGCGGCCCCACAUGGUGAGGGCAAGACGCUCGCCUACCUUCUCCCGCUGUAUCAGAAUAUGAUGAAGGAUCGGGAUGUGUACAAGAUUCCACUGCGCGAGCGUCGUCCCCGCAUGAUUCUGCUUGCCCCAACGAAGGAGCUUAUUGCACAGCUGCAGCAUGUUUGCGCCACAUUGGACGCAGCCACCGGUCUCCGCUCGGUCUCCUUCAGCUCCCGUAAGCGGGCCAAACACCACUUAAGUCUGCUGAUGAAGAACACGCUGGCGGAUGUCGUUAUCAUGGACCCAAAGGUGGUUCUGCGUCUGAUUCGCUCUCGUCGACUGUUUCUUGACGACAUCCGCUACGUUGCCGUGGAUGAGGCCGACGCGAUGCUCUCCUCUCAGCACGAUCACGACGCGGUACACCUUCUCAUGAAGGUGCAAAAGCGGAUGAUGUUUAAGUACUUGUGGCCGGUGCAGACCCAAACGGUCUUUGCAACCGCCUACAUUACACGAAAGCUGGAAUUUGUGGUUGGCAAAAAGUUCCCGCAGGCUGUGACAUGCUUGCAGCGACAGCGCAUGCAUCGCCCCCCGGACACCCUGUCCCACCGCUUCUUUGCGAUCCAUCGCACACAGGAAAAGAUGGAUGUCCUGCAGCACGUCCUGAAGAAGCACGACAACCAGCCACGCGUCAUUUCCACUGAUGUGGAUGAGGUGCAGGCACACACGCAACCGCACUACUUGACAGGGACACUCGAAGAGUUUAUGGAGCAGCUACGACACGCGCCACCACCGCCGCGGCAACCGCAACCGCAGGCACGUCAAUGUGAUUCAUCGCCAGUGUCGGCGGAGGAUGUUCUGAGACAGGAGGAGGAAUUCCAUCCCCGCCCGGGCGGGGCUCAUGACGGGGCAACAACUUCGUUUUGCACUUCUUCCACUUCUGCCUUAUCUCUGGAUGUGAAACGCGAUGGGCACGAGGAGGUGCGUCGUAUCUUGGAACGUGUCCGCCCUCUGCGUUGGGAGCAUCUCACAACCGUUGCUGCCCCGUUUACAUGCCACAUCCCCCGCACCGUCUUUGGCGAAGGGCAACGGGUCAUUGUCUUCACAAGUGGUGUUGAUUCUGCCACGGCGGUGUACCACCAGCUGCGCGGGCGCGGCUUCGCGUGCUCCCUGCUGCACGCCGCGCUGCCGUGGGAUGUUCGCCGGCGCAUGUUUGCCGAUUUUGCCUCUGGUCGCACGAAUAUUCUUUGCGCCACCGACCUCGCUGCGCGUGGGCUAGACGUCCACGUGGACGUGGUGGUAAACUUCGACAUGCCCACCAACGCGCUGGUGUACCUCUCGCGCGCCGGCCGCACGGCACGACAGGGGCGCCUGGGCAAAGUCUACAGCCUCUACACCAAACACCAAGGCGUCAUUGUCGCCGCGGUGCGGGCCUUCCUACGGAAAAAUCUGCCGCUGGAGGGGCUGAGCAACUGGAAGUCGCACAUGAUGACCCCGCGCUACGCGGAGUGGCGCACCCACAAGAUGAACGCCAUUGCCCGCUCGUACGUGUCGCUCAUCACGCAGAAAACAAUUCCAGCCCAUCUGGAGCGCACCUACCUGCACCACAACGCCACCUGGCGCCCGCUGUUUCACCCGCAGACGACAGGCAUUCACGGCGGUGUUCCGCCGCGGCAGCAGCAGCGCGUGAUGGACGCCGUUAUGGAUCAUGCGGUGUGGUUUCGCCGCGCGCAACUGGCGCGACGAAAGGGCGGCCGUGCAAAGUUUGGCAGGCGCGACGCCGCACGCGGCGUGUGGAACAACAUUGGCGGCAUCGCAACCAACUCGGUGGCGAACGCGGCGCAGAGCUCAAAUCCCGGCGGCCCUGACUUUGGCCCACCGCAGGGGCCGCCCAAAUGA